CAUAACUGAGGUCUCCCAUAGUUUGGCAUACGCUUUAUUUUUUUUCUUCAGGUCUGUCGUCGGUUGAGCUGUGGGGCUCGUCUCUUCGGACAUCAAGGGUACUAUGCGUAAAUGUGCGACGUAAAUUUGGGGAAAGACUCGGCUCUUCGCGUGGUGGAAGAAUCCUCGGUGUCAUCAAUAUUCUGGUUCACGCGGCGACUGGGCUCGGCCAGAGUAGCUGCGGGGUUUUCCUCGUGCGGUUCUAAUUUGACUACCUUUUUAUAGGGUGGAGUCAGUCCCGCUUUCUUAAUAUCGCACAACCUAAUCAUUUGCAGUCUUCAGGACCCCCGUACCAUGAAAGAAGCCAUGGCCAACAACAGCACCGCCAGUAUCUCUCAGGCCAGGAAAGCCGUGGAGCAGCUCAAGAUGGAGGCCUGCAUGGACCGGAUAAAGGUGUCCAAGGCGGCCGCGGACCUCAUGGCGUACUGCGAUGCCCACAUCCGCGAGGACCCGCUCAUCGUGCCCGUGCCCGCCUCGGAGAAUCCCUUCCGGGAGAAGAAGUUCUUCUGCACCAUCCUCUGAGGGCGGCCCGGGGGCGCUGCCAACGCCAAUGCCCAUGGCAGGCGCACGCGCACUCAUACGCAACCUGCUCCACCCAUCCGGAGGAAGGACUAAAUACCUAAUUAACUAACUAUCACCUUUUGUUGUGGCUGCUGCUGCUGCCACUGCAGCCAGCGUCCUGCUGGCUGGCUGAUUGGCUGGCUUUUGAUCUGCCCGAGUCGGGUCUGCCGCCCCCCAACCUAUAGGGGCACGGCUUUGGCUUGGCUGGGUCAGCCUCUGGUUACC